AUGGAUGUUGUAUCCAAUGACCGUGGUGGAAUGUUCUUUCAAUAUGGCCAUGGUGAAACGGGAAAGACGUUUAUAUGCAUAUCGCAACAAAGUCCACAGGCGGAGUUGUUCAUAAGGGCAAAGCUUAUUAUAUGGGACGAGGCUCCUAUGAUGCAUAGAUAUUGUUUUGAAGCGCUUGACAAGACAAUGAAGUCAAUAUUACAGGUUGACAAACUCUUUGGUGGUAAGGUGGUUGUUCUUAGAAGAGAUUUUAGGCAGAUUUUACCAGUUGUGCUCAAAGCAUCAAGGCAGGACAUAGUACAUGCUACGAUAAACUCCUCUCCGCUGUGGAAUUUCUGUCGUGUCAUGAAGUUGACUAAGAACAUGAGAUUGCAGUCAUGCUCUUCUCCAUCUAACGUGGAUGAGAGACCUACUGGAAUUCGUUUACCCGGAUUGUUGAGUAACAUGUAUGAUCCAGAUUAUUUUCAAGGGAGAGCAAUUCUUGCACCAACUAAUGAAUGCGUCGAGUUUGUGAACGAUCACUUAAUGUCUCUCCUUCUAGGAGAGGAGAAGGUGUACCUGAGCUCAGAUAGUAUGUUUAGGGACGAGCAAACAAUGGAGGAUAAUGCAGAAAUUUAUUCGACUGAAUUCCUCAACACAAUAAGAUGCUCCGGACUUCGUUCUCAUGCGUUGAAGUUCAAGAUUGGUGCACCCGUUAUGCUAAUAAGAAACAUCGAUCAAGCUAAAGGAUUGUGUAACGGGACCAAACUUCAAAUUAUUAGAACUGGCAUUCACGUUCUGAGUUGCAAAAUUCUUUCCGGAAAAAAUAUCGGUGACAUGGUGUUCAUUCCUCGGAUGACUUUAAUACCAUCUACCGGACUGCCAAUUAAAUUUCAGAGAAGACAGUUUCCGUUGAUUGUUUAUUUUGCAAUGACAAUCAAUAAAAGCCAAGGUCAAACUCUUUCGCAUGUUGGUUUGUAUCUUCCUAAGCAUGUCUUCAGCCAUGAUCAACUAUAUAUUGCACUGUCCAGAGUUACGAGCAGAGGUGGCAUUAAAAUAUUCAUCAAGUUGGAUUCGGGUGAACUCACCAAUGUUACUAGAAAUGUCGUGUACAAGGAAGUAUUUCAUCGAAUUUGA